CUCAAUAUAAUCAACUUUUAAUUCUCUACGGAUAUCCAAAUCCUUCAAUUGCUCCAAUCGUGGCACUUGAUACCUUAAAAUUUGAGUGGUCAAAUCCUAUAAUUUCAAGUAAUGGUGGUUCUAGUGUUACUUUAAGACGGUUUACUUCAAUACUAGUUGGAGCUUAUAUUUUAAUUGCAUUUGGAUCAUCCGGCACAUCGGGAGUAAAUGCCACGAAUAACGUUUUGCUUCUUGACAUAAGUCAAAAAGAUAAUUAUAAAUGGGCUACAUUAUAUGAUCCUACCAAAUCAUUACAAUCUAUUUCAACUGCGAAACCCACAAUUUCUGACAGUUCCAACAAUUCAUCUAUAAAUGUUGGUGCAAUUAUUGGAGGCAUUUUUGGUGGCAUUGCGGGGCUAAUAAUAUUAUCAGUGGCUGCAAUUCUAAUUGUUAGGAGAUAUGGUUAUCAACAUUUCACUCAGAAAGAAGAAUCCAUUAAUGAAUAUCAUCCUUGA